AUGGCGAUGCCUGCCCCGCAACUUGGCCACUUUGGCUUGCCCAGGACUCUCAAUGAGCCAAUGGUGAGUCACGCUCGUCGUCACUCAGUGAUGCAUACCGACUCGGCCUGCUGAUCGAGCAUUCCGACCUGAUGGUCCCCUUGCACUUCCCUACAUGUUUGCGUAUGCAGCGCAACUAUGAGCCGAAAUCGUCUGACCGAGCUGGUCUGCAAGCGGCUGUGGACUCGAUGCUCGCUUCUGCUCCCUUUGACGUUCCACUGAUCAUCAACGGACAGGCCGUCCAGUCUGGCAAAACGGCUCAACAAUUGAACCCGAGCAAUCAUUCUCAGGCACUGUGUCGCUAUCAGGAAGCUGAUGCGAACUUGACCCGCAAGGCCAUUGAUGGCGCUCUGGCUGCCAAGAAGGACUGGGAAGCUAUGCCUUUUGCGGAUAGGGCUGCCAUCUUUCUGAAAGCGGCGGACCUCAUCGCUGGCAAGUACCGCUUUCCUCUCAUGGCUGCCACGAGUGAGUAGGGUGUGCCUACGAAGAGAGUCAAUCGAGUCCAUGGCACUGACGCUACGACGCGCCGUGCUUGCUUGCAGUGCUCGGCCAGGGAAAGAACGUGUGGCAAGCAGAGAUUGUGAGUGGAUGCGCAUGAUGCUCAAAAGGGCGUCUGAUAUGGAGCGCUCACCCUCUCAUCUCGCUCGCGAGCUUCAGGAUGCGGCAGCAGAAACCUGUGACUUCUUGCGAUUCGGCGUCAAGGUGCGUGUCACGCUCCGAAGCAUCGAUGACCGCAUACAUCCAGCUGAAUGAGAUCGAACGUGCACUCCAAACAGUUUGUCGAUGAGCUCUACAAAGUGCAACCGUCCGAACACGCGAAGGGAAUGUACAACCGAAUGGAGUACAGAGCUCUCGAAGGCUUCAUCUUUGCCAUCUCUCCUUUCAACUUCACUGCCAUCGCAGCCAACCUUGUCGGUGAGUCUAGCCGCCCCACGUCGCCGAUGCCCUACAUGUGGGCUAAGUACUUUGCCGGGUUCUGUCACACAGGCGUACCCACACUAGUGGGCAACGUUGCCGUUUGGAAGGUGAGGAGUCAUCAUGCUGCAGGGGUUUGCGAUCCAAGCCGCUAGUACCAGUUUCUCACAGUCAUUCAUCUGUGCUACACAAUGUCCUUAGCCGAGCCCCAUGGCUAUUUACAGCAAUUAUCUGAUCUACAAGAUUUUUGAAGAGGCUGGCAUGCCACCCGGCGUCAUCCAAUUUGUGCCCGGACCCGCAGAGGAGAUUGCCACAGCGGCAAUCGAGCACAAGUCUUUCGCUGGCCUGCACUUCACCGGCUCCACUCACGUCUUCCGACACUUGUGGAAGCAGAUUGCGUCCAACAUGGACAAGUACACUGGGUACCCUCGCAUCGUAGGAGAGACAGGAGGAAAGAACUUUCACCUCGUUCAUCCGAGCGCCGAUAUCGACACAGCUGUGCACCAAGCCGUUCGAGGCGCGUUCGAGUAUCAAGGACAGAAGUGCAGCGCGCUCAGUAGGCUCUAUGUCCCUCAAAGUCUGUGGUCCAAGCCCGGAGGAUUCAAGGAAAAGCUUUUGGCGAGCUUGCAAAGCAUUUCGCAGGGUCCAGUCGAGGACUUCAAGCAUUUCAUGGGCCCAGUCAUUGCCAAGCAUAGCUUUGACAAGAUCAUCAGCCUGAUUGAAGCUGCCAAGAAGGAUGGAGGAAAAAUCAUUGCUGGAGGGACCGGUGAUGAUUCAAAAGGCUUCUAUGUCAAGCCCACUGUCAUUGAGACCACCGACCCGCGCAGCGUUACGAUGAUCAACGAGAUUUUCGGUCCAGUCGUUACUGUGAGUGAGCGGGCACCCUCUUGAUUCGUGCAAUGCAUGGACAGCUUAGAUUUCGCGGUGCUCACUUCUGGACAGGUUUAUGCAUACCCGGACAACGAGUUCGAAGAGACGUGCCAGCUCAUCGACACGACUACCGAGUAUGCGCUCACUGGAAGCAUCUUUGCGCAGGAUCGAUCAGCAGUGGUGAAAGCGACGAAUUUGCUGAGAAACUCGAGCGGCAUGUUCUACAUCAACGGCAAGUGCACCGGUGCAGUCGUCGGUCAGCAGCCUUUUGGUGGUGCCAGAGCCAGCGGAACCAACGACAAGGCCGGAUCUAUGCAGGUCUUCUUGAGGUUUGUUAGCGCAAGAACCAUUUCGGAAUCCUUCUUGCCUAUCGACACGCACCUCUAUCCUAGCAACUUGGUUUGA